AUGGCCUCCACUCUGCGUGAGAUUCCCGGCAGAUCUGGCACUGGCUGCGAAGAAAAACGAGUAUCGAAAAAGGUCAAAUGUGUAGCAGAAGUCCGGAUAUCUCACGCGGCUGCCACGUGCCCCGAAAUGCAGCCUGCGACCUUUGCAUCAUCAUGUGACUGUAUUCGCGUAGCUCACGUGACUAUCGCUGCCGAUCUCGCAUCAUACAGCAUUUUCGCCCAAGCGGGGUUCCAUGGCAGGAGCAGUUUUAUUCAACCGCCCAUCUCCCGGCUGGGCGGGUUAGGGUUGCACAAGUACCUGGCCCAAAUUAGAAGGAUCUAG